AUGUUUCCAUCAACAACACAAGAAACUUUAAUUGAAGACGAGAUUCCAAUGACGCACGCAGGGCUUUUACGUUCUAUAUCAGCAUUAGGUACAAAUGACUUUAAUGAGUUUAUUGCAGACCAAUAUGGAGGAUGUUGGGGUACACUUAAAUUUGAAGAUACAUUAAGUGAUUAUUCAAACGACGCUCGAUCAUUUUUUUAUGUCGAUGACAAUAUCGAUUUACAUGUAUUACGUCAAUUUAUGAUAAAUGAAUGGCAAUUGCAAUC